UCUUCUUCUUCUUCUUCUCUCUCCUUAACUUUCUUCUCUCUCUAAAAGCUUCUGAGCUGGUUUCCUUAUCACUGAAAAGCAACAACUCACAGGAAUCUCUUGAUUUCUUUAAUGUGUUUCUGUUUAAACUAGAAAGAAAAAAAGACACUUUGGGUAGUGAUUCAAUCACAAGUUUUAUCCAAAAUACUUCAAGAAACCAAAAAAAAAAAAAAGCAGCUUUCUUUUUUCUUUUUUUGUCUUUACCCAUUUUCAAGAAAUCUUGAUUACACUAUUAAUCUCAAAAUUAGCCAAAAAGCAACCCUUUUUAAUGUAUUGAUUUGAAUUUUGUACGCAAAAGUUGUGGGAAUUUGGUGGGAAUGUAAAUGGGUUCUCUUGAAAACGGAGUAUUGCCAUUAAAAAGAGACCCUUUAUUAAAAUCUUUAUCAAGAAAUGAAAGAAACAGUUCAUUUGCUAACAGACCCAGAUCAAGAUUUGCAAGAUUCAUGGUGCUUAAGAAGCUAGAUUACUUGCAAUGGAUUUGUGCAGUGGCAGUGUUCUUCUUGUUCAUGUUUGUGUUUCAAAUGUUGUUGCCACUUUCCACUUUGGAGAAAGCUAGUGGUGGUUUCUUGAUACAAAAAGAUGACAACUUUGAAGGUGAUUUCAAGAGUUUGUUUCAAGAAAUCAGUGGAUUGGAUUUUGGUGAAGGUGUUAAGUUUGAACCCACAAGGCUUUUGCUUAAAUUCCAAGAAGAUAAUAAUAAAAAUGUUAAGAAUUUGUCAUUUGGAGGUUCAAGAAAGCCUCAGCUAGCUUUUGUGUUUGCAGAUCUGUUCGUUGAUCCACAGCAAGUGUUAAUGGUCUCUGUUGCAGUUGCUUUGAGAGCAAUUGGUUAUGAAAUUGAGGUUUACUCACUUGAAGACGGUCCUGUGCAUACCGUAUGGAAAAAUAUUGGAGUUCCGGUCAAUAUAAUGGAAGCUAGCGGUGAUUCAAAGAUUAUAAUUGACUGGCUAAUCUACGAUGCCGUACUUGUGAAUUCUCUUGAAGCAAAAGAUGCCGUUUCAGGCCUUUUACAGGAACCGUUUAAAUCUUUACCGCUUAUAUGGACCGUUCAUGAAAAAACACUCGCUACCCGUUACAAAAACUAUGUAUCAGAUGGCCAAUUUCAGCUGAUCGAUGAUUGGAAAACCGUAUUUAAUCGAGCGACCGUUGUCGUUUUCCCCAACCAUGUCCUACCGAUGUAUUAUGCUGCAUUUGAUGCUGGAAACUACUUUGUUAUACCCGGAUCUCCAUCUGAGGCUUGUAAAUUAAAUAACUCGAUCGUUGUUCAUGAAGAAAGUCUUCGUGUGAAUAUGAAUUUUACGGCUCGUGAUUUUGUUAUUGCGAUAACAGGAAGUCAGUUUCUUUAUAAAGGAUUAUGGGUGGAACAUGCACUUGUUUUACAAGCUUUAUCGCCACUUUUAGCCGAAUUUCCCGUUGAUGAUCGUUUAAGUCAACGUCUCAGGAUCAUAAUCUUACGUCAAGAUUUAACCGGCAAUUACAGUGCCGCCAUUGAGGAAAUUGCUUCAAAUCUAAACUACCCAAGAGGAACUGUCAAUUAUGCUGCCAUUGAUGACCAUGAUGACGUGUACAACGUUCUUAGCAUUGCAGAUCUUGUGAUAUAUGGGUCGUUUCUUGAAGAACAAUCUUUUCCCGACAUUCUUGUUAAAGCAAUGUGCUUUGAGAAACCAAUAAUAGCUCCUGACCUAUCGAUAAUCAAGAAAUACAUUGAUGACAAGGUCAACGGCUACAUCUUCCCUAAGGAAAAUAUAAACGUUUUAACACGGAUUAUGCUGCAAUUGGUACCAAACAGAAAAUUAUCAUCUUUAGCGCGAAAUAUCGGACCGAUAGGAAAACAUACUGCAAAAAACAUGAUGGUCAUGGAAGCAGUCGAAGGGUAUGCUUCGUUAAUACAAAAUGUUGUUAACCUACCUUCGGAAGUUGCAUCUCCAAGGGCAGUAUCGGAAAUUCCAUCUAGUUUCAAAACCGAGUGGCAGUGGCGUUUUUUUGAAGCUGUUGCAGAUAGUACAUAUGUAACUAGAACUCAAAGGGUUUAUCGGUUUUUAAACAAUGUUGAACAUCGGUGGACGCGUAAUGUAAAAGAGAGUUUUGCGGAUGUUUCGGCUGAUGAUACAUUUUUGUAUAGUAUAUGGCAAGAAGAGAAAGGUGUUCAGACAGCAAUAGCUAAAAAGAGAAGAGAAGAUGGUGAGGUGAGGGACAGAAGUGAGCAACCGAGGGGAAAGUGGGAGGAUGUAUAUCGAAGUGCAAAAAGAGCUGAGCGGAGUAAGAAUGCUUUGCAUGAGAGAGAUGACGGGGAGCUUGAAAGAACGGGUCAACCGUUGUGCAUUUAUGAACCUUAUUUUGGUCAAGGAGCUUGGCCGUUUUUGCAUCAAGGUCCCCUUUAUCGGGGUCUUGGACUUUCGACUAAAGGUCGAAGAUCAAGAGAUGACAUUGAUGCGCCUUCUCGUCUUCCUCUUUUAAGCGUACCAUAUUACCGUAAUGCCCUUGGUGAUUUUGGCGCCUUUUUCGCUAUUGCUAACCGUAUUGACCGUAUUCACAAGAAUGCUUGGAUUGGGUUUUCAUCAUGGAGAGCCACAGCUAAAAAGGCAUCUUUGUCGAAGGUGGCUGAGGUGGCAUUAUUAGAUGACAUUCAAUCACGAAGGCAUGGCGAUGCUUUGUAUUUUUGGGUUCGAAUGGAUAGAGAUCCAAGAAACCCGAUGCAACAAGAUUUUUGGACAUUUUGUGAUGCUAUAAACGCGGGUAAUUGCAAGUUUGCAUUCUCCGAGGCUCUCAAGAACAUGUAUGGGUUGCGGGGCAACUUGACAUCUCUUCCUCCAAUGCCUGUCGAUGGGGAUUCGUGGUCUGUCAUGCAUAGUUGGACCAUGCCAACCAAAUCUUUCGUAGAAUUUGUGAUGUUUUCAAGAAUGUUUGUGGACGCGUUGGAUGCACAAGUUUACGAAGAACAUCAUCAAAGUGGUUUCUGCUACCUAAGUUUAUCCAAGGACAAACAAUGCUACUCACGUGUUCUUGAGCUUCUUGUAAACGUAUGGGCAUACCACAGUGCAAGACGAAUGGUGUAUAUAGACCCUACAACCGGAACACUUGAAGAACAACACAAUUUCAAAACCCGAAGAGGCAAAAUGUGGAUCAAAUGGUUCAAUUACAAAAUUUUAAAAGCCAUGGAUGAAGAUCUUGCUGAAGAAGCCGACUCAGACCACCCUAAACGACGGUGGUUAUGGCCGUCAACAGGUGAAGUUUUCUGGCAAGGAAUGUAUGAGAAAGAAAGGAGUCAAAUGAGAUUACAAAAGCAAAAAAGAAAGCAAAAGAGCAAAGAUAGGAUUCAAAGGAUAAAACACCGAUCCCAACAGAAAGCGUUAGGGAUGUAUGUGAAACCGCCACCAGAUAAUGAGACAGUAAAUAAUUCUAGCCCGGUUUUAGAAGCGGUAAAGCUUCUUAGAUAACAUAUAUACUUUAGGUAGAAUUUUGUAGUUUUAUUGGGUUUGAUUCUUUGUGAAAAUCUAUAAAUUUUGUUGUAUGUAAAACUGUAUCAAGUGUUGGAUGAUGCUCAAAUGUUCAUACAUUGCUUUAAAUGUAUAUUAAAAUGUGUUGCAAUCA